AUGACGAAUGCCUGCUGCCUAAAGACUGAAGGUCUGAGGCAAGACUUCCCAUUACUACUUAAUCAAGAGGAACUGAGUUUGAGACAUACUCUCUUAAAGAGACUUUGGGAACAAGAAGUGUUCAGGCAGGUUCCUCUCAGACUCAGGAUGCUAGCCAUUGAUCUUUCUCCUUAUGACUUUUUCUGUCUUCAUGAAGAGAAGUCCAAGGGGGAAAAGAUUAUCACUGGAUGCCUGACACAUUAUUCUCAGCUCUGCUUGCUCAGAACUCUGCCAGGUGAGGAGGGAGACACAGAAAGGGAAGAAUGGGUGCAGGAUUGCUGACAUCUUGGUCACAGGAUUUGUUGAUCUUUGAGGAAGUGGCAGUGGACUUCUCCCAGGAGGAGUGGGCACUCCUGAACUCUGCUCAGAAAAUCCUGUACAGAGAUGUGAUGAUGGAGAACUUUAGGAAUCUGGCCUCCGUGGCAGGAUAUCAUCUCUGCAAAUACAGUCUGAUCACUGAAGUGGAGCAGGAAGAACGGAGGCCAGGGAAGAGAAGAAUUCUCCAAGGGGCCUGUUCAGUUUCAGGCUGGGCUACUCAACUUAAAUCAAAACAUGCAAUUCCUAUGCAGAAUGUUCCUGAGGAAAAAACUUCUAAUGGCAUAAAAAUGGACAUGUGCAAAACCCUACUUCACACUGCAGAGACACCUAUGAAUGUAGUGACUGGGAAAAUAUUCAUUUUUCACUCUUCCCUUAAGAAACAUGUGAGAUCACACAGUGGAGAGAAGCCUUAUGAAUGUAAUCAUUGUGGAAAAUUCUUCAGCCAGAGCUCUCAUCUUAAUGUGCACAAAAGAACUCACACUGGAGAGAAACCCUAUGACUGUAAGAAAUGUGGCAAGGCUUUCACUGUUCCUUCCUCCCUCCAAAAACAUAUGAGAACCCACACUGGAGAGAAGCCCUAUGAAUGCAGCAACUGUGGGAAAGCCUUUAUUGAUCAGUCAUCCCUUAAGAAACAUCGACGCUCUCACACUGGAGAGAAACCUUAUGAGUGUGAUCAAUGUGGAAAAUCCUUCAGCACGGGCUCUUAUCUUAUUGUGCACAAGGGAAUGCACACUGGAGAGAAAACCUAUGAAUGUAAAGAAUGUGGGAAGGCCUUUAGGAAUUCCUCUUGCCUGUGGGUACAUGUGAGAACUCACACAGGAGAAAAGCCCUAUAAAUGUAUUCAUUGUGGAAAAGCAUUUAGCAUCAGCACUAACCUUAUAAUGCACAAGCGAAUACAUAUUGGGCAAAAACUUUAAGAAUGAAAUGACUACAGGCUAGCUGUUAAGUGGUGCUUUACACAACAUUCCUCACUCUAGAACUCACACUGGAGAGAAACCUCAUUGUGACCAAUGGUGAAAGCCUUCAGGCACAACUCUCAACUUACCUUAUACAGGGAGCAACC